UAAAAAUAAAUGGGAUAGUGAAGGAGAAGGAAAAUUACAUAAGAAUACUCUUGCUAACAAGUAAGACGAUCGAUAAAUUGUGCUCCGACUUCACACUUCACACUUCAUUGAGAAUCGCUGAAUAGAGUCGUCAAGUCGUGCAUGCGCAGUAGAAUCAGGCUGAUGCAUGCAUAACCUAUCAGAACCAAUCAAGAUUGUCAGGAGGGUUGUUUUCGUUCGUGAUAAUUGUGACAUCCCCGACGAUCUCACGGGGAUAUGAGUUGUCAUUGUAAAAACACGCGAUAGCCCCGAGAAUGGCUGCGCCUUAUCUAGGCGUGAGCGAUAUCGUUCAUCUGAACGUUGGCGGCACUAGAUUCUCCACAUCUCGUCAAACUCUGACGUGGAUCCCGGAUUCUUUCUUUACAGCAUUGUUAAGUAACAGAAUCGACAGUCACAAGGAUGAGACUGGCGCACUUUUUAUAGAUAGAGACCCAAAGCUGUUCUCUAUUAUAUUGAAUUACCUUCGUACCAAGGACAUUGAUCUGAAAAAUAUAGAUAUUCGAACUUUAAGGCAUGAAGCAGAGUAUUAUGGCAUCACUCCCUUAGUUAAACGAUUGAUACUCUGUGAAGACUUGACUCAGUCAUCUUGUGGCGAUGUACUGUUUUAUGGUUACUUACCACCUCCAAGUAUACCGCUUCAAGAACCUGCAGUAACAUCAAAUGUCAGUGAUGUAUCAGUUCAUAUUAGAGUUAGUUCUGCUUCAAACUCUAGAGUCGAUGGACCAUCUACCUCGCAAUCUGUGACAACCACUAACUCUACUAAUCAAAGUGCUAAUGGGCUACAAAAUCAUAAAGGGGCAUUAGGAACCCAUAUAAGAAAUUCCUCUUUAGAUUAUCGAUUGCCACAACGCGGUCUUCCGCAUUCUCGCACACCAUCUUUAGAUCUGAGACAUGCUAGGAACAAUUCAGCUGAUUUAAAUAAAUUAUAUAAAAAUGAUAUCGGUUUAAUAUUUGGAUCACAACAAGUUUCAUCAUGGGUAGACCCUUUGAGAGUACAAAUUAUAAAAGCGCACCACAAUUGGAUAGUGAUUGCUUACGCGCAUUUUAUCACAUGCUAUCGGCUGAAGGACUCAUCUGGAUGGCAACACGUGUUCACCAGUCCCCAUAUCGAAUGCAUAAUAGAACGCGUGGCAAUAAAUGCAAAGAUGGGAAGUGGCGCGGAUGGCAAGAUGGUUGCGAUCUCCUAUGGCAGUCAAGUAAGACUCUGGGGUGUGUCCGAAGAAGGAAUCAAGAUCAAUGUGGGCACAUUUAAUUUAAAUGUGCGUGUGGAAUACUUAUUCUUCAUUGGCAGCCAGUUGGUUGCGUUAUCGCCGACAGGAAAAAUCGGUGUGUGGCACGCGAUGACUCAUCAUUGGCAGAUACAGGACGUAGUGCCCAUCCUGUCAUUUGAUACUGCUGGAUCUUUUCUUCUAUUAGGUUGCAAUAAUGGUUCUAUUUAUUAUAUUGAUAUGCAAAAGUUUCCUUUGCGAAUGAAGGAUAACGACCUACUCGUGACCGAGUUAUAUCGAGAUCCGAGUUAUGAUCCCAUAACUGCGAUAUCUGUGUAUUUGACGCCGAAAACUACACAAGGUCUCUGCGGAAAUUGGAUAGAAAUCGCCUAUGGCACGAAAUCCGGAAGUGUCAGAGUAAUUGUUCAGCAUCCCGAAACAGUUGGCCACGGUCCGCAGCUAUUCCAAACCUUUACAGUGCAUCAAAGCAGUGUAACCAAAGUAACACUUUCGGAAAAAUACUUAGUGUCGGUUUGCUCGGAAUAUAAUCACGUCAGAAGUUGGGCGGUGACCAGAUUCCGCGGAAUGAUUUCGACUCAACCGGGAUCGACGCCAGAGGCAAGCUUCAAAAUUGUUUCUUUAGAAGCAAUUGACUCAUGCGUUAGUUACAAUGCCGGGAACGAUUUCGGACCAUUCGGCGAGCAAGAUGACGAGCAAGUAUUCGUACAAAAAGUCGUACCCGAAACUGAUCAGUUGUUUGUGCGAUUAGCGUCGAAUGGGAAAAGAGUUUGCGUAAUACAGUCGGUGGACGGCAGCAUCAUAAGCUCAUUCUAUGUGCACGAGUGUGAAGGUUCUAGUCGCAUGGGCUCAAGGCCCAGACGUUUCAUAUUCACUGGUCAUUCUAACGGCACCAUUCAAAUGUGGGAUCUCACAACGGCAUUGGAUCCGUCUUUCAAUGCCACUCGAGAUACCUCCGGUGGACCUACGCCAGAAGAACUUUGGAAGUUGUUGGAUCAAUGUGAUCUAAGCAACAGCCACUGCUCAACGCCUUGCAUUAGUCCGUCUCCUUCCUUGCUCGCAGCUGGACCUAGAAUUAAGUCAAGUAACGUAUUGUUUCUCAAUCAAUCGCAAAAUCCAGAACCAACGCCUGGAUCAAGUCAAACGUAAGGAUGUGCCUGAUGCAAGGUAUGUCGUGCUAAAGUGCACACAAACAGAAUCUGCAUUUAUUUAAUUAUUUAUUUAUUAUAAAUCGUCAAAAAAAGUCUGUAGCCAUAGUUCCUAAAUCGCCAUCUUUGCAUUUUCAAUGUGUAAUGAGACCAGAGUUUGCUGUCUACUCAAACAAUGUGCAAUUUAGAAAUAACGUAGCGAAAGACAUGACUGCACAUGACUACAUUUUUAAACUCUGUAGCCAUUAUUGUUGAAAUCAUUAUUUUAAUAGGGAAUUUGCUC